ACUUUUCUCUUUUUUUUGUUGAUGAAUGAAGCGUUGAACUUAUAUUCUUCAAAAGAAUUGUCUGCAAAAGUCGUUGAGCAUACGAUUCCCCUUGUAAAUGAAACCGUAGCUUGCGGCAGUAUUUUCAGGGGGGAGAGAGAGAUGAUGAUGAUGAUGGUAAUGGCGGAAGAAGCGAACAAGAACGAGAGGAGUUGCAGUGAGUGCAAGACGACGAAGACUCCGAUGUGGAGAGGUGGACCAGCCGGACCAAAGUCACUUUGCAAUGCAUGUGGGAUCAGAUAUAGAAAACAGAGAAGAUUGCAAUUAAUGGGUAAUGAUAAUAUUAUGAUCAGCAAUGCACGAGCCAAGAAGUCUAACCCAUCAUCAUCAUCAUCCGAUGGUGGUGUCGUGAAGAAACAGAGAAGGCUAAGGGAGGAGGAGCAAGCUGCUUUCAGUCUUCUCGCACUGUCCUGCGGCUCUGUUUUUGCCUGAGACAGAAAACAGAAAAACACUUCAUUUUCACUUUGGGUUUUUUGUCCCGUCUACCCUGUUUCGUUGUUGAUUCUGUGCUAAGAUUCUAAAAGUAUACAAAUCUUGUGUAAAUAAUGCUAUAACAUCAUUGUUAUAUUUCUCCAGUUCAAUAUCUUUUAUUCUCAGAA